CACCAGCGGCCUCAGAGUGAAGGCCUGGGUGGGGGCCAAAGGGGCUGCUGCGGACCUUGGCUGGGGAGGAGAUUUUGUGCCCCAGAGGUGAGGAGGAGGCGGCUAUGCCCUGCAGUGACCUGCAGGAACCAGGUCUGGAGUCUAGCGGGAGCCUCGCCCGUGGGGGAUGGAGGAGGCGGGGCAGUGAGGGCAGAAGUGAGGAAGGUGGUCCGCAGCCACUCAGGAGGGCCCUCCCCCUCCUGUGGCAGCGGAGGGGAGGGUGUGCGGGGAGAGGUGGGGCCUGGGCCCAGGGUGAGGCUGAGCGGCCCUUGCCAACCAGCCGGACCAGCUCCUGUGGGUGUCCGGCAUGAAAGCGAGAUGGAUUGGGAGGGAUGCUGGGGGAAGGGAUGGGCAGGGCAGAAGUGCCCAGUGACCUUGCACCUGGGGACCCUGGCUUUGGGGCUCCCCGGAGGACCCUCAGCUUGGUUCUGGAGGGGAACUUGCAGUUCAAAUGGCACCGGAUGGCAGCUGAGACCCAGCAGUGUAGGAAUCUGCCCCGGUAUCUGGUGAGGCUGUGGGAGGGGAGAAAGCCCGGCUUCCUGGCCACUGAGUGGCUCUGGUCAAGCUCGGGGCUUUGGGAAGCAUUCCUGGGAGGAUGGGCGAAGGUGGCUGGGCUGCUGGGAGGGCAGCAGGGGAUGUGGAAACUCUGACAGGCCUAAUUCCACCCCCCCACCUCCUGCCGCCUCAGUUUCCCUUUCUGCAGGGGUGGAUCACCCUGUCUGCCUUGCAGGGCUGCUGCAGGGGCGAGUUGAAGUCGUGCUGUAUGAGUCACGACUUGGUGUAUUUACUCUUGGGUGGUGGGGCAGGCCCUGUAUGGGUCACCCCAGUUACCAAGGAGGCCCGUUCUCCUCUGCUCCCCUUUCCCAGCCCUGCCCGCUCCCUCCUUUCAGGUCAGCCAUGUUCCCCUCCACCGGUCCUGGCCUGGCUCACCCCACGGUCAAGGCGCUGGGGGAGGUGCUGCCUCUCUGGAUGGUGAGGGUGCCCAGUGCCUGGCCUGAGUCGGGGUGAUGCUGAAGAUGCUGACCUUCUUCCAAGGACUUCCAGGCCAGCAGCCUGUGUCCGGGGCCCCUGACUUCCCCAGAAGCGCCCAGAAGUUGCCCUCUACCUCAGAGGCAGAGUCUGAGGCUUCCAUGUCGGAGGCCUCCUCCGAGGACCUAGUGCCAUCCCUGGAGGCCGAGGUGGCCACAGACAGGGAUGAAGAAGAGGCCGGCAAGAAGAAGAAGAAGUCGAAAGGCCUGGCCACCAUGAUCAGUGUCUUCACCAAAGGGAGGAAGAAGAAGGGUCAACCGAGCUUAGCAGAGACUGAGGGCGAGUCUGAGUCCAGUCUGCAGCCGCCUGCCCAGCUGCCCACAGUGGAGGAGCUCAAGGCCGACCUGGAGCGCGGGCGGCUGGAGGCGGCGCGGCCUCUGCUGGCGCUGGAGCUGGAGCUGCAGGAGGCCGCGGCGGCGGGUCGCGCGAGCGCGGAGGAGCUGGUGCGGCGCCAGAGCAAGGUGGAGGCGCUGUACGCGUUGCUGCGCGACCAGGUGCUAGGGCCGCUGCGCCGGCCGCUGGAAGCGGAGCCCGAGCGGCUGCGCCAGGCACUGGCCGUGCUGGCCGAGCAGGAGCGCCAGGACCGCGUGGACGCGGCGGCGGCAGCGGGGCCCCCGGGGUGCCCGGGGCUGGCGGCCACGCGGCCCCGGGGCUGGCUGCAGCUGUGGCGGGACGGCGUGGCGCAGGCGGCCGCGGAGCGCCUGAGCCAGCAGCCGGCCGCGGACGCCGAGGGCCUCACGGAGGCCGAGCGCGCCUUCCUGCACAUGGGCCGCACCAUGAAGGAGGACCUGGAGGCCGUGGUGGAGCGCCUCAAGCCGCUCUUCCCCGCCGACUUCCGCGUGGUGGCCACCUACGCCGAGAGCUACCACGGAGAAUUCGCGUCCCAGCUGGCAGCCCUGGCGCAGUUUGAGCUGUGCCCGCGAGACACCUACAUGCUGCUGUUAUGGGUGCAGAACCUCUACCCCAAUGACAUCCUCAACAGCCCCAAGCUGGCGCCUGAGCUGCAGGGAGUCAGACUGGGGACCCUUCUGCCCCCAACCCAGAUCCGGCUGCUAGAGGCCACGUUCCUCUCCAACGAGGUGGCCAGCGUGAGGGAGCUGACGGCCCGAGCUCUGGAGCUGGAGUCAAACCGCUGGACCAACGAUGAGGCCCCGCAGAGGCUGGACGGCCGCUGCCACAGUGAGCUGGCCAUCGACAUCAUCCAGAUCAUCUCCCAGGGCCAGGCCAAGGCCGAGAGCAUCACCUUGGACCUGGGCGUGCAGAUAAAGCCCUUGCUGUUGGAAGAGCUGGCCAGGUUCCUCAGGAGCUACCAGGGUGCCUUUGAUGGAUUUCUGGAGAGAUGCAGACAGCUGCGAAAUUACAGGGCCAAUGUCAUCGCUAACAUCAACAACUGCCUCCCUUUCCGGAUGUCCGUGGAGCAGCGGUGGCAGACACCUCCAGACCUCCAGAGGUCCCUGCUGAGGCCUCUGAAUGAGCUCAAGAGCUGCGGCUUUGAUACCCUGCUCCAGAGCCUGUUUGGGGACCUGAAGCCGCUGUUCAAGAGGUUCACUCAGACCCGCUGGGCUGCCCCCCAGCAGACCCUGGAGGAAAUCGUCUCCGCCGUGGCCGAGAGGAUGCCCGAGUUCUCAGAGCUGCAGGACUGCUUCCGGGAGGAGCUCCUGGAGGUGGUCCAUCUGCACCUGGUGAAGGAGUACAUCGCCCGCCUCUGCAAGCGGCGCCUGGUCCUCAAGACGGCGGAGCAGCAGCAGCAGCUGGCGGGGCACGUCCAGGCCAACGCCCAGCUCAUCCAGCAGUUCUGCACCCAGAAUGGCUCCCCUGCCACCUGGCUGCAGGAUGCCCUCCCCACGCUCGCAGAGAUCAUUCGCCUGCAAGACCCCAGUGCCAUCAAGAUUGAGGUGGCCACCUACGCCACCUUGUACCCUGACUUCAGCAAGGGCCACCUGAGUGCCAUCCUGGCCAUCAAGGGGAACCUGUCCAGCAGUGACGCCAAGAGCAUCCGGAGCAUUCUGGACAUCAACACGGGGGCACACGAGCCCUCCAAGGCCCUAUUUUCGCUUAUAAAGGUUGGUUAGCUUU